GUUGGUCUCGGCUGCGUUCGGCUCCACUCGGCUUUUCUCGGCUGUACUCGUGAAAGCCUCCGCCUUGACCCCCCUGGGGUUAAACUGUAAGGCUAACUUACUCAUGCCCGCAUCAGCACAUUUUCUUUGUAUAUUAAAAAUGUGUAUUCUAAGCUCCAGCUAUUUUAUAUGUAGUAAAUUUUUUUUUUUUUAAAUGCACACCAAUAAUUGAUUAAAUGGCUUGCAGGUUUGUACCAACGAGGAAGAUUUUCAAAGGGCAGCGAUGAGCUCCAUCAUAUCAGAACUGCAUUUAAAAUAUGCAGCAAAGACUUGGAAUGACACUUUUCAGCUGGUUAGAAGAUGCAUGGACACCACUAGAGAUAACUCCAAACCCUGCGAGCCGCUUGUUCGGGCUCUCAAAAGGCUGCAGGAAGUGCUUAACGUGUCUUCCAUGAACGUCAUGCGCUCUCGUUUGGAGAUGAUUGCCAAACAACACGGGAUGGGCUUCCACUUUACGGAGGCCACCUGCUACCUGACGGCCGACCUGUUCUAUCUGGAGGUGGCGCUGCUGCCGUGUGGCGGGGUGGAGGAGGUGAAGGUGGCGCCACAUGGGGGAGCCCCAGUCAGGAGCGAGGCUUUCCUUCAGCUGCUAAAGUCAAAACAUUUUGCAGGGUUCUCUGCUAAACUGAAGGACCUCUUCACGCAGUACAACAUCCCUGGAGACAACGAUGUCAAAUUCAAACUAUUUGCUGCUCUGCAACAUCUCAGCAAAGACUUGCAAGAAAUGUGCCACUUGCCAAGGGUUGCAAAUGAGAGCUGCUACCAGAUGGAUGUAGUGAACAACAGCAUACUGGGCUGUUUCAUACCUGGAAAAGAAGAUUGCCCUUUGACCCUCCAGUUUUAUUCUGCCAGAGCAGGUGAAGUGACUACAAACCUGAAAGCAGACCCACAGGUUGCCCAGAUAGCUGUGUGCCCGAGUCAUGUGACCCACAGGCUUCAGAUUGCCUCAGUCCUGCCGCUGCCGCUACAACUGGACAACCAAGGCUACCCGGUCUUCACCCCCUGGACGGAUGUCCCUCAUGAAACAUUCCCUGCCUGCUUUGUGCUCAAACUGCAGCCAGCCAUACCCAUUAUGGUGCCUUUUGUUGACAAGAUAAGCCGAAUUACAGAAGUUGCUAUACCAAAUUCUGACCUGCAGUGGGCGCCAUUUCCCCACCUUUUGACAGGAAGUGAUGGGCAGGACAAUGUUUUCACUCUGCGUCUUUCAGGUGAUGCCGUCCACACGUAUGUUUUCCCUGGAGAGGCGUGGGACUCUCCUGCCCACAAAGGGGUCAUGAUGGACAGCGUUCCCUUCACCCAUCCUGUCCACGUCCCCAAUCUGGUGGAGGUGCUGCGGCAUCAGUGUGUUAUUAACACUUUACUGAGCAGCUGCACAUCACCAGGUCCAGUUUCAGCCUGUGAUCAACAUUUCGAGAUUCGUCUUGAGACAGACACCAGCUUCUCUGUGACCUUUCACCGACCCCACCUGGAUUCUCUUGCAGUGUUGCUGGUGGACAUCCCCAAUUCUCACCAGCUUGCAUGCAGACUAUUUGGAGCAGGCAUGGACGCUUCCCUGGAUGGACAUGUCUCUGACAUCAUGAAAAGGUGCAUGUCUGUCCCUUUGACGCUGCAAGCCUUGUACAUAAAGAUGGAAGAUGCACCUCCUCCUGUCUCCAUCCUUGCAAUGGCUGAGAAUGAACCUUCUACUUCCUCAUGCGUACUUAUGGAAGACUUGAGUGCACCAAAGCAGGAGGAGAACUUGGCCGCCUCAGAGCACCUCAACGUUAGUCCCUCCGCCGCCGCCGCCAACCUUUGCCCCGUCGCUCCCGAGGGCGUCGUUGAACCCUGCUUGACUAACAACGGCCAGCAGUCUGAGCUGGUGUAGUUGAGUACAAAGCCUCCACUUUAAAAUUAAUAAUCCUAAUAAAUAUUGCCUCCUAGUUUGGUUUGCACAAAGCCAUGAAUGUGCAGCUGUUCCUUCUACACAACAACUGUACUUAACAGAAUGUAGGUGGGCUGAAAGCAGUUUAUUGCUGUGUGGAUUGAAAAUGUCACCAGCAGACAACUGCUUUGCAGAGGUAUCCAAUGACCUGUAUGGACGCUAUUUAUAGAAACAUUCCAAAACGUGCGGUAAAACCAUUCUCUUCGUUCAGCUGCUCUUUAAUUCAAAGAAGAAGAGGAGAUUAUGUGUCACCCUCCUCUUUGGUGGUGAAGCGGUAAUCCAAAAAAUCUGUUUCCUUCACAAAUUUGUGCUUGGAAAGGUCAGCGAGAGCUGGCAUGAACAUUUUUUCAACAAAAUGACACAAUAAUUGGUAUUCCUUCAACUGUGGCAAGCAAUCAUGCACAAAGUAUUCCACAUGAUGUACGUUCCAUGUACACGUUUAAAAAAAAUUGUCCAACACUCAAAAAACACGGUCAGUAAAAAAAAACUAAACAUUAGACUCUUAGCAAUUGUGCCAAUCAGCCCAGAAGUCCUUAACGUGUCAGUGCCCAUUUUAAAGCAAAACAAUUAAAUGUUUUGGCCAAGGAUAUAAUAAGUUAAAUACUGAAUAUAUUUAAAAUGUGAAUGAUGAUAUUCCCCCUGGCUUAUCUCAGUAUUAAAUGCAUUUGUAUAACCAAUAUGCCAUCCGAAUCUUUUUUUCACAAUGUAAUAUUUUUUAUUUUUUUUGCCGUAGCACACUUUAGUGAGACACCACCCUACUUGCAUCUUGACAGUGACGGACAAGCUACUUGGAAAAUGUAGCAAGCUAAACUACAAGUUACUCUCGAUUAAAUGUAGCUAAGCUACAAGCUACACGGCAAAAGUAGCUUGCUACAUUUAACAACAUUUACUGUAUAUCCAUGGACCCACAUGUAUAACGUCAAUGUUAAUGUAACUGAGUUACAAUAAGGGUCCAUUACUAUUAACUGUCUGUCAUUUAGCCGGGGACACCCUACAACUAGGUACAUGUAGUGUAGUUUGCCUUUUCUUUGGCCCACCCCCAUAAUGUUAUUCAUUUUCCCUGCCUACAGUAAAAAUCUAUUUUAUAUCCUGACAUAAAAACAAUGACUUGUGUGGUAACAGUUGGUAAUGGUUAU